GGUGGGGAACGGGGCCCCCGGAGGCCGAGGCGUCCCUAGUUACCCCGGGCUUCUGCAGAUCCGCUGGCCUGGAGACAUGACCCGCAAGUGCUCUCCCCCGGCUCCGGAGCCCAAGGCCCCGCUUAGCGGGUCGGUGCUGGCGGAGGCCCUGGUGGUGUUGGCGGUGGUCCUGAGCAUCCACGCGGCCGUGUGGGACCGAUACUCGUGGUGUGCGGUGGCCCUCGCGGUGCAGGCCUUCUACGUCCAGUACAAGUGGGACCGACUGCUGCAGCAGGGGAACGCCGUCUUCCAGUUCCGAAUGUCGGCCAACAGUGGCCUGCUGCCUGCCUCCAUGGUCAUGCCCCUGCUGGGGCUCGUCAUGAAGGAGCGGUGCGAGGCUGCAGAGAACCCGCACUUCGAGCGCUUUGGCAUUGUGGUGGCAGCCACCGGCAUGGCCGUGGCUCUCUUCUCCUCCGUGUUGGCGCUGGGCAUCACUCGCCCGCUGCCCACCAACACGUGUGCCAUCUCUGGUUUGGCGGGAGGUAUCAUCAUUUAUAUCAUGAAGCAUUCACUCAGCGUGGGUGAGGUGAUUGAGGUCCUGGAAGUCCUGCUGAUCUUCGUUUAUCUCAACAUGAUCCUGCUGAACCUGCUGCCUCGCUGCUUCACCCCUGGGGAAGCGCUGCUGGUACUGGGUGGCAUUAGCUUCGUCCUCAACCAACUCAUUAAGCGUUCUCUGACUGUGGUAGAAAGCCAGGGAGACCCCGUCGACUUCUUCCUGCUGGUGGUGGUGGUAGGGAUGGUGCUCAUGGGUGUUUUCUUCAGCAUCCUCUUUCUCUUCAUGGACUCAAGCACCUGGGCCUCCUCCAUCUUCUUCCACCUCAUGACAUGUGUGUUGGGCCUCGGAGUGGUCCUGCCCUGGCUGCAUUGGCUCAUUCACAAGAACCCCUUACUCUGGCUUCUGCAGUUCCUCUUUCAGACAGAAACCCGCAUUUAUCUCCUCGCUUAUUGGUCUCUGCUGGCCUCUGUGGCCUGCCUGGUGGUGCUGUACCAGAACACUAAGCGAUCAUCUUCUGAGUCUAAGAAGCAUCAGGCUCCCACCAUCACCAGGAAGUAUUUCCACUUUAUCGUGGUAGCCACUUACAUCCCAGGUAUCAUCUUUGACCGCCCCCUUCUCUAUGUGGCCUCUACUGUAUGUCUGGCGGUUUUCAUCUUCCUGGAGUAUGUGCGCUACUUCCGCAUCAAGCCUUUGGGGCACAUGCUGAGGAGCCUCCUGUCCCUAUUCCUGGAUGAACGAGACAGUGGACCACUUAUCCUGACACAUAUCUACCUACUACUGGGCAUGUCUCUUCCCAUUUGGCUAAUCCCCAGACCCUGCACACAGAAGGGCAGCCUGGGAGGAGCAAGGGCUCUAGUCCCCUAUGCUGGUGUCUUAGCCGUUGGUGUGGGGGAUACCGUGGCCUCCAUCUUUGGCAGCACCAUGGGGGAAAUCCGCUGGCCUGGAACCAAGAAGACUUUUGAAGGAACCAUGACAUCGAUAUUUGCCCAGAUUAUUUCUGUAGCUCUCAUCUUAAUCUUUGACAGUGGUGUGGACCUAAACUACAGUUAUGCUUGGAUUUUGGGGUCCAUCAGCACUGUGUCCCUCCUGGAAGCAUAUACUACACAGAUAGACAAUCUCCUUUUGCCUCUCUACCUCCUGAUAUUGUUGAUGGCCUAGCUGUUGUGCAGCAGCAAUGAUGCAGUAAAUAGUGUCCUGGGGAGAAUGAAUGGUCCCCACUGUACAUGGACAGAAAGAACCAAGGGGUGACACACAGAUUGGGAUUUUCAUUUGAUUCAGACAAAAUAAAUUUUUAAAAGCUC